AUAUCGGACCGGUUACCGUCACAACUAACCCAGAUAUCUUCCAGCUACAGUUGAAGGAGCUCUACGUCCAGGGUGGAGGCGACUGUCCAGAGAUGAGUGUGGGAGCGAUCAAGCAGGCCCUGGACGUCAGCUUGCCCAGUUCCUCAAUCUACGUCUUUACGGAUGCUCGUGCCAAAGACCACUACCUGUUGGAGGACGUCCUGAAACUGAUCCAGAGAAAGGAGAGUCAGGUGGUAUUCGUCAUGACAGGAGACUGUGGCAAUCACUCACAUCCGGGGUAUCAGUCGUAUGAAAAAAUUGCAUCCACCAGUUCUGGUCAAAUUUUUCACCUGAAAAAAUCGGACGUGAACGAGGUUUUGAAUUUUGUGCGGGUUUCUCUACAAGCUCGAAAGGUCAACUUAUUAGCCAUUGACCGUAGCCUAAGUCAGGUCACGGAGGUGGACUUUGAUGUGGACUCAACUCUUCGAGAGUUUACAGUAUCUGUUUCUGGUGACACUCCAGAAAUCACCCUAGUAGAUCCAAGCGGUCGAGAUGUAGGCUUGUCAGAAGGGUUGAACAACCUUCUAAACUUGAAGAAUGUGAGCAUUGUGAAUAUCAAAGACCCUUUUCCUGGACCCUGGAAGUUAUGGGUGAGGACCAAGGGCCCUCACACCAUCCGCUCCACGGGGUUGAGUACAUUAGAUUUUAUCCAUGGCUUCUCUAGACAGCCAACAGCUAAGUUGAAGGAAACGUACCAUCGUCCUUUGAAAGGUUAAGUAUAAUAAUUACCACUCCCACAAGUUGAUCGUCCUUUGAAAGGUUAAGUAUAAUAAUUCCCACCAGUUGAUCGUCCUUUGAAAG